UUGGACGAUAGUUAUUCCAUUCUCUCCAUCGUCGACCUCGAACAUGAUAUGGAAUGCGUCCACAGCAAUGCACCAGCCAUCGCCACGGCGCAAUGGCGCCUCCACGGGUACAACGUCUGGAUCUGCGAUGAAGAUCACGACAUUCUCCAUUGUUGCCGUCAUGAUCAUCUACUUCGUGUCGAUGCAGAAGAUGUUCUUCGCGUCGGCGGGAGAUUCGGCUGUCGGCGUCAAUGAUGCUCGGGCAGCUCUUCACAAAGUCCUGACCUCGACGGCGACUGCAACAUUGCCACCACAGCUCCCGAAGUCUGCGCGAAAUUGGACGCGGUCUCCUGGAAGACGCUAUGUGUGGAUAGACGUAGCUGUGGACAAUGUCCCAGCUGGGCGUAUCGUCGCCGAGCUGUACAUGGACAAAGUGCCCAAGACGGCCGAAAACUUUCGCGGGUUGGUCACUGGGGACAACCAGCACGGCUGGAGCUACAAGAACUCGACCUGUCAUCGCAUCUUGAAAGGGUUUAUCGUGCAAUGUGGUUCUUACAACGCCCAAGGUGGAACAAGCAUUUACGGCAAAGACUUUGAGGACGAAGCGACGGGGCUCACGCUCAAGCACUCAAAGCGCGGCAUUUUGCAGAUGGCAAACGCCGGGCCCAACACGAAUGGAGCUCAAUUCUGCUUCAUGCUCGGGCCUGCCAAGCACCUAAACGGCCACCAUGUCGUGUUUGGAGAAGUUGUGCAAGGUCUGGAGGUCCUCGACACCAUGGAGGCGGCCGGAGUUGCCACGGACGAUAACCAGUUAGUGCACAAAGUUGCGUUGGUAGAUGGCGGGGAAAUUUUUGAUUAGCUGUAAGCAAGAAUGUAGAGUUUCACAUUUGAAGUACUAGCUGGUUCGGAAGCGUGGAAUUCUCAUUAAUCCAAGCCACUCGGUCGUAUGUCAAGCCGAA